UUCAAAACAUCGUCAAUAAUUGCCCCACUGUCCCAAAUAACAAGAGAGCCUUCCUCUCCCGCCCAUUUCUUUAAAGCUUCAAUUGAAAAGCAGAGAGAGGAGAGACAGCGAAAGCAAAAAACGGAAAAGGAAAGUCCCCCAUAGCCAUGGAUUUCCAGUUCAAGACAACUCCUUACACGGUCACGGUUCGGCGAAACCCACACCGCAAGGCUAGACAAACCCCUUCAACAGCCAACGCUCCAGAUCCCUCCACGUCAUCCUUACCUUUUGCCAUCACUGACAUCCCCCCACUCCCUGCCAUUGACCUCGACACUCCAUCUCCUUCCAAAUCAUCUGAGCCUGCACAUGCCCCCGAAACCCUUAGAGUCUUUCUCCGAAUCCGGCCCGUCAUCGUCAGUCCUCCUGGGGAGAAGAAGAAGACCCCUGCUGCCAGCGGCAAUGCAGCGUCACGACCAAAAGGUUUUCCAGAGAAAGAGAAGAAGAAGAAGAAGAAGACGGCAUCAGCGAAGAACAAUGUUUGUUUAUCAGUGAAUGAUACAGGAUCCGUGACGAUCACAACACCGUCGUCCAUGAUUGAUGUGAAACGCACAAAGACCGAAACCUAUGAUGGUUUCACUCAUGUAUUCUCCCCGGAUUCUCUCCAGAGGGAAGUCUACGAGCGGGUGAUGGAUCCUCUGGUUACCGAUUUCAUCGGUGGAACGAGCAGGCUGUUGGUGGCAAUGGGACCCACAGGUUCUGGAAAGACCCAUACUGUUUUUGGCUCUCCAAGGGAACCCGGUAUGGUGCCUCUCGCACUUCAGCGGAUUUUCAAUGACAGCAGUGGCAUUGGUGCUUCCAAGCUGCCAAGGUCAUACUAUUUGUCUAUGUUUGAGAUAUACUCUGAACGAGGAAAAGGGGAGAGGAUAUUUGAUUUGUCUCCAGAUGGUGGAGAUCUGUGCCUUCAACAGGCAACUGUAAAAGGUCUUCAAGAGAUAAUGGUUUCUGAUGUCACACAAGCCGAAUGUUUAAUUGCCCGUGGAAUGCUGAAACGUGCAACUGCUAUGACAAAUGCAAAUAGCCAGUCGAGUCGAUCACAGUGCAUCAUUAACAUUCGCAGUGCCUCUAAAAGUGCUGAUAAUGAAGACGAGUUUCUUGCAGACAAUGCUGUUUUGACUAUAGUUGACCUGGCCGGUGCUGAGAGAGAAAGGAGAACGGGAAAUCAGGGGGCAAGGUUGUUAGAAAGCAACUUCAUAAAUAAUACAUCCAUGGUUUUUGGUCUGUGCUUAAGAUCUUUGCUAGAGCACCAAAAGAACCCAAAAAGACCACCACAUAAGCACUUCCAGAAUUCUUUGCUGACCAGGUAUCUAAGAGAUUACUUGGAAGGGAAGAAGCGGAUGACUCUUAUCUUAACCGUAAAGCCAGGAGAGGAUGAUCAUCUUGAUACAUCGUAUUUGCUGAGACAGGCUUCACCUUAUGUGAAAAUCAAGUUUAAUAAUGUUGAAGAACUACCCAACAUGCCUUGUUCGAAGAGGCAUAUUCCAAUUACAAAAAUAGAGCAACGUAAAAGAAGGAAGUGCAAUGCUUUGGAAGCUUCUGUGAUUGAUGGAGUUAAGGGUGCUAGAGAUGGACAUCUAAUUCCUGAGAAAGAAGCAAUUUCAGAGAAGCUCCAAGAACUUGAACCCCUGCAAGUUCUGGUCUCAUCUCCACCAUCUGUCAAGGCAGAAGUGCACAAGUGUGGACCACUUAGUGGCGAGUAUUUUGAUGAGUCACGAAGGAAGGAAAGGAAUGAUCGAGUUAUGCGAGAUUUUGCCAAGGCUUUAUGGAAUGUUUUAAAGGAAUAUAAGAAAAAACUUGAGGUAUCAGAGAAUGAAGUCCAAAGUCUAAAAGAAAGCCUUACAAAGGAAAAGAUUCGAGCCCUGGAGCUGGAAGAAGAGUUGAAGGAUUUGAAGUCCUCUUGUUCAUUUGAUAUCCGACUUUCAUCGGAGGCACCUUCUGGUCGUAAACUGGAUGCUGCCUCUGCUAUUUGUGCAACUGGGUCACUGCAUUCAGCAGGAGAAUGGCCCACAAAUGAUCAUGGUUUUCUUGAAGAGAACCUCACACCAAAGGUAAAUGAUACAAGUUUAUUUGCUGCCGACACUGCUUGUCUAAAUCUGAAGGGUUCUGAGAGUAACAACAAUGUGGAGAUAGAUUGCGGCUCUUCAGGGGAGAAUCCGAGGAUACCUUUAAUGAUGGAAACUUCUGAUACAGCAGUUAUUGAUUCAAGUUUCUCUACGAAAAAAGAAUUCAAAAGGCAAAGCUAUCAGAAAGUUGACAGCUUUCCUGGAAUUGUACGUAAUGCUGGAGAUUUGAUAGGACCAGAACAUUCGGAAGUUGAUUAUGUCUCAUCUAUUACAGAAGUGACAGAAACAGGUUUCUGUACUUCAGGGCCAUUGGCCAGCUCUUCUCAGUCUCUUGUUCUGGUAGAAGAGAGCAGCUGUGGAUUGACAUCGACGAUGGAGCAAAACACAUUAAUCAGUGGAGACGAAAAUGUAAGAGCAGCAUAUUUGUUUGGUGUGGAUGCUUGUUAUCCAAACCCAAAGGCUUCUGAAUGCCACAUUAAUGUGAAGGUACCUGACACCUCUGUAGGGCAGAAUUGGAAGUUUUCUUUGCAGAUGGAAAGUUAUGAUGCAGUGGUUCUUGAUUCAAGAUUGUCUAUAGAGGACUUCAGAACACAGAGCAAUGAGAAUCUUGACAGCUUUACUGCAAACAGCUAUGAUGCUGAAAAUUCGGAAGGAGUAGAGUAUUUGGAGGCCAAUGACAUCUCAUCUGUUACAGAUCAGAUAGAAACAGGUUGUACUCUAUUUCCAUUGGCCACCUGUUCUCAGCCCCAUGCUCUUGUUGGAGACAGCAGCUGUACAUUGACUUCAUCAAUGGAGCAGAACACAUUAACCAAGGAACAGAAAAAUCAGGCGGCGGACUCAUGCAUCUCACCUGAUGAAGAUGUAGCAUGCAACGAAAGAAAUGCCAGGGAGGUUCCACAAAGUGAGAUGGAACACCACUCUUGCAAACCUCUGAAUGCAGAAAAACCUAGAAGGAGACUGCUGCCGGCAUCAUCAAUUCUAGUAAAGGAAGUUGGUGGCUUUCACAUGGAGGAUGAAAAUCCAAAGAGAAGAGGCGAAAAGAAACCAAGCAUGGAGGAAAGAGAAAAGACACAAGGUAGUGUUUCUCUGAUCCGGUUGUUGAGGAGCAAUCUCUAUCUGUGAUUGCCAGAACCGAAGUGUAUGUAUAAUUCUAUUAGCCCGGAGAGCGGUUUUCUUGUUUUGCUGCCUCAAUCUUUUCAACUGGAAGAGUUGCACUUGUUUACAGAUGUUCUAUGUCAUCUGCAGAAAGUUUCAGUAAACAUUUUGAAAUAUUACUGACAUCUGUGUGUGAGUGCAUUGGCUUGGAGCUGUGUGCUUGCAUGUGGCUGUGUGCAUGUGCAUGGGCAGGUGCAGUCAUACAAGCAUGCAGAUGUAUUCGAUACCUUAUGUGGAUGUGUUUUUGGAUGCACAUGUAUGAACCAUCACUCUUUUCACA